AUGCUCGUGCUGGGCUACUUGGUGCUGGAGCUGACCGACUCGGCAUUCCAGGUUGGGCUGAUCUCGGUAGUCCUGAACGGGCCGAGGCCGCCGCUGUCGCUGGUGGCCGGAAUGCUGGCCGACCGGCUGGACCGGUGGCGCAUCCUGGCUACCAUCCACACUAUCUACCUGCUCCUGGCUUCGUGCCUGCUGGUCCUGCUGAUCCUGGAAUCGAUCGAGCCGUGGCACGUCUAUGUUGUGGUGCUGGCGCAGGGAACAGCCAAGGUGCUGGACGAUCCCACCCGUCGCGCCUCGCUGUUCGACCUCGCCGGCCAGGACCGCAUCGCCCACGCCAUGUCGCUGGAGACCAUGACCAACAACGGCGGCAAGAUACUGGGGCCGAUUGCCGGCGGGCUACUGGUGGAGUUCUACGGGUUCGCCGGCGCGUUCAUGGUGCUGGUCGCGCUGGACCUGAUUUCGGCGCUGUUGAUCUUCAGGAUGAGAUUGCCGGAGCGCUCCAUGCUGAUCGUGCGGGACACCGCCUUCUUUCAGGGCAUCGUAUCGGGUAUCGGGCACUCUUUCUCCAAUAAAUUCGUGCUGGGGGUGCUGACCAUUUCCCUGGUGAUGAACGGCAUGGUACUGCCGCUGCAGUACUUCAUCCCGGUGGUCGCCACGGACGUGCUGAAAGUCGGGUACGCCCUGGGCGGGUUGCUGGGGUCGGCCGACGGCAUCGGGGCGUUCGUGGGAGCAAUCAUCAUCGCGACGCGGCGACGCUACCGUUUCCACGGCCGCUACUUUGCGUUCGGCGCGACCAUCGUCGCCGUCGGUGUGGCGACCGUGGCGUGGUCGCCGUGGUUCCUGGUGUCGUUCCUGGUGCUGUUCGCCUCUGGAGUGGGUCAGUCGGGGUUCAGCACCAUGCAGAGCACCAUCCUGAUGCUGUGCACCCCGGCGGAAAUGCGGGGCAGGAUCAUGGGAUCGCAGGGGUUCGUGAACGGCCUGGGGCACCUCAUCGGCGGCGUGGAGAUCGGGGCCAUCGCCCAGACGUUCACCAUCUCGGUAGCCAUUGGGCUGAACGCCGGCGUGGGUCUGCUGUUGAUGCUGCCGGUGAUGCUGCUGACCCCGCUGGUGAAGAGGCAGGUGGAGAUACACCAACCGUCAGCGUGA